GGACGACGAGCUGGCGUUGAGAUGACCCAGUCGACGAGUGACCAAACGACUCCACAGGGCACCAGCACCCGCCGCCCCGGUCCGAAGCGACGAGGUUGCCUCCUCCGACGACAUCACGAGAUACGCUAUGCAGUUAUCAUCACGGACCGCGCCCCCAUCACCAACGAGCCUGAAGUCGUCCAUUGUUUGUUUUGCAUGCACUUUGGACGGGAAGUUUUGAGCACAGUUGUGCGCGCUCGUAAGCCGAUGAAAAAAGUCAAAACGUUUAAGGCGCCGUUUCGUGUGGAUCACUUCACACAGCACCACAAGAUCCACCACCUGGAGCGAUGGGAAUACUAUUGUGGCCUUGCGGACGACGACAAGAAAGUCUAUUUUUCAUCAGCUCCGUUCUCGUCCGAAGAGGUUGCAAUUGACUUGCCCCUGGAGCGUCUCGAGCGCACCCGCGGUCCUUACAAAGUGGCUCCUAAGUUCAGUUCGUCGAAGUCGGUUGAUCACUUGAUCUUGGCGAAAGGUGUUCCUGCAACAACGCCGUCGCUCUUAGGCGACGCUGCAGCCCAACAGGUGCAGCACGCGACAGGUAGUCGCUUCGACAAAGCCGAAGUGGAGCAAAUAUACAUGUACACGCAGCAGCGGCAGCAAGCGGACCUCGAAAUCGCGCGCAAGAACCUCGAGCUCAAGCAGAUCGAAGUCAUCAGCUCAGCAAUGAUGGCGCGGCAAAAGAUGCUUGACGCUGGCAUUUCCCAAGAACACGUCGACCGCUUGAUUCCAUUUCCAGACGGAUUGGGGUCGCACUCGGUCUCGUUGUAAGGGAAGUUGGAAGGAUUGUGUCUGCAACUUUCCACCUUGAUAAAAACCACGUAUCAUGUCGUAAAGGACGCAUCCAGGAGCAGUAAAUGUGCGCAAGUACCAGUCUUGGCGAACAAGCCUCAC